GGACGUGUUGACCGUGGCAUCAGGGAGACCCGCUGCUCUUCAGACAACACAGACAUGGCCUCUGGAGACAGUUUGUGGACAACUGCUGUGCUGACCGGCAUCUUGGCGGUUUUGAUGGUGCAAGCUGCUCCGGCAUUUACAGGUGAUAAUGCAGAUGCAGGUGAACUGAGGGACGACAUACUUGAGAUCAACAGAGAUUUAAAACAUCUGUUUGAGGGAGACAUCGCUGGUAAUCCCAGCAGAAAUGCAAUCCUUGAUGAAACAAGAAGAUGGACGUUUCCCAUUCCUUACAUCUUAACUGACUCUUUAGAACUGAAUGCCAAAGGUGUGAUCCUCCAGGCGUUUGAGGAAUACCGCUUGAGAUCGUGUGUGGACUUCAAGCCAUACGAGGGAGAGAGCACCUACAUCUCCUUCACCAAGCUGUCAGGAUGCUGGUCGUACGUUGGCGAUGAUAAAAAAGGACAGAAUGUGUCCAUCGGGGCCAGAUGUGACACAAAGGCCAUCGUGCAGCAUGAGCUCCUCCACGCUCUGGGCUUUUACCACGAACAGUCCCGCUCGGACAGAGACAACUAUGUUAAGAUCUGGUGGGACCAGAUUGAACAAGGGAUGGAGCACAAUUUCAAAAAGUAUGAGGAUGACAUCAUCACAGAUCUGAACACGCCAUAUGAUUACGAGUCCAUCAUGCACUACAGGCCUCUGUCUUUCAACAAGAACGAGAGCAUACCCACCAUCACCACCACCAUCCCGUACUUCAACGACGUCAUUGGCCAGCGGCUGGACUUCAGUGCUGUUGACAUCACCAGGCUCAACCGCAUGUACGACUGUGCCAACACACACACCCUCCUGGACCAGUGCUCGUUUGAGCUCAUCAACAUCUGUGGAAUGAUCCAGAAUGAGGACGACAACGCAGACUGGGUGCAGACGCUGAGCAGUCCAGCCGACACUGAUCACACUCUGGCAGGGCGCUGCAGAGAUUCUGGCUACUUCAUGAAGUUUGACACAGCUUCAGGUGUGAUUGGCAACAGUGCCUUGCUGGAGUCACGUAUCCUCUACCCCAAAAGAGACGAACAGUGCCUGCAGUUCUUCUACAAGAUGAGCGGAGGGGCUGGGGACAAACUGGUGAUAUGGAUCAGGACUGAUGAUGGGACAGGAACUGUGCGCAGUGUCAGGAAAAUCCACACCAUCACUGGUGAUGGAAGUGACGCUUGGAAAAUAGCCCACGUGACCCUCAAGGUGACAGAGAAGUUCCGUUACUUCUUCCAAGGCAUCAGAGGGUCAUCCGAAUCAUCAGGCGCCAUCUUAAUUGAUGACAUCACUCUCACAGAGACCACUUGCCCCAACGCCGUCUGGCAGAUCCAGAAUUUCACCGGGCUCCUCGACACAACUUCUCCUGGAAGCGCUGUCAAAAGCAAUUGUUUCUACAACUCUGAGGGCUACUCAUUCGGCGUCAGUGUUUAUCCAAAUGGAAAAAACCCUGCAUAUCCAGACUAUGUUGGCAUGACCUUGCACCUCUGCAGUGGAGAAAAUGAUGCAGUGAUGCAGUGGCCAGCUGCAAACAGGCAGGCGACCAUCGUUGCCAUGGAUCAGGAUCCUGAUGUCAAACUGAGGAUGUCUUCAACAAGAAGCUUCACCACAGGUAGGCCGACAUCACAGGCACCGGAGACACAGAAAGUUCACAAGCAGUGAUAGUUUCGGCUCAUGAUUUUCUGCCUCAUCCAAAAACAAUGGAAAGUGAGUUUGUUGAAUCUCGGUUUUACAGAGACUGUAGACACUAGUCCCAAUGACAAUGAGGUCUGUGAAAUGACAUGUUUGGCCCACAAGACAGACUUAAUU